GGGGCCGCGGCGCGGGGCGGGCGCGGGGCCGGGCCCGGCGCUGGGUCUGGCGCUCGGACUCGGCCUGGCCGUGGCCGCGGGGGCCGCGCUGGGGCUGAGGCACCGCGGGCCGCACCGGGACCCCCGCGGCGGCGGCGAGGCCUGCGCCGACCUGCGCGGGGCGGCGGCCGCGCUCGGCAACAACACGCACCAGUGUGUCUUUGAUGACCUGAGUGGCUCCGUGUCCCUGUCCUGGGUGGGCGACAGCACCGGGGUGAUCCUGGUGCUGACGACAUUCCAUGUGCCCCUGGUGAUCAUGAGCUUCGGGCAGUCCAAGCUCUACCGCAGCGAGGAUUACGGGAAAACCUUCCAGGACAUCACGGGGCUCAUCAACAACACCUUCAUCCGCACGGAAUUCGGGAUGGCCAUCGGGCCCGAGAACUCCGGGAAGGUGAUCCUGACGGGGGACGUGUCUGGGGGCGGGCGUGGCGGGCGCAUUUUCCGCUCCUGGGACUUCGCCCGGAAUUUCGUGCCCACGGAGCUGCCCUUCCACCCCCUGGCCCAGAUCUCCUACAGCCCCCGGCGGGCAGAGCGCCUGCUGGCACUGAGCACCGAGAACGGGCUCUGGAUCUCCACGGAUUUCGGGGAGCACUGGCGGGAGAUCCACAAAUCCGUGUGCUUGGCCAAGUGGGGCGAGAACGACACCAUCUUCUUCACCACGUUCCUGAACAAUUCCUGCAAAGCUGAUCUGGGAUUCCUGGAGCUGAAGAAAACCCCCGACCUGGGACGAUCCUUCCGGACCAUCGGCUCCCGGAUCUAUUCCUUCGGGAUGGGCGGCCGCUUCCUCUUCGCCUCCGUCAUGACGGAGCAGGGCACCACGAGGCGCAUCCACGUGUCCCUGGACCAGGGGGAUUCCUGGAACAUGGCCCAGCUGCCCUCGGUGGGACACGAGCAGUUCUACUCCAUCCUGGCCGCCAACGACGACCUGGUGUUCAUGCACGUGGACGAGCCUGGGGACACGGGAUUCGGGACCAUCUACACGUCGGACGAGCGCGGGAUCCUCUACUCCAAGUCCCUGGAGAGGCACCUGUACACCACCACGGGCGGGGAGACCGACUUCACCAACGUCACCUCCCUGCGCGGCACCUUCAUCACCAGCGUGCUGGCCGAGGACAAUUCCAUCCGCUCCGUGAUCACCUUCGACCGGGGGGGGCAGUGGGAGCCCCUGCGCAGACCCCACAACAGCCCCUGCGACGGCACCGCCCCCAGCGGGGACCAGGUGGGACCACGGGGACCCCAAAGGGGGG